GAAACUUCUUUGUGGAACUAUUUCGACGAUCUUUACCGUUUUCAAAAAAUGGCCAAUUCUAAAAGAAUCUCAUCUCUACCGCUGCAAGUCGUGCUCUACUUCAAUGGCUGGUUUCUGGUCCUCUUCUACAUAGCAGAAAUGGCCUUAUUAAUAUACAAAGCUACAACAUCAGCAUCAUAUCCCCCUGGUAACCUAGCAGCAGAGGUCAUCUUAUUAUUAAUUCUUUGUCUACUGGACAUCAUUAGGAUAUACUAUGGAGCUAAAGGGAAUCUAACAGAGCGAAAGCUACCACUUCUUCUGUCUCUUCUGUUUGUGCCUCCAUUGGUCGGAGGGUAUCUGUAUCUCACAGUGUGGCAAACAACAAUACACAGAUUAGAAUAUGUUUUGCUAGCCCUCGGUUACACAGGCCUGUUACUGGAGCUGGUCAUCGGAGCCAUCACUCUGAUAGUCUUUCAAAGGAGUGAACUCCUAGGCUGAAUAUCUCAUCAUAAUUAUGUAGCUACUGACAAAAACAAAUUCAUCAUCUGAACUGCAUGUCAUGACUAGAAUAAUUUUCAAUAAUGAUAUCAUGCACGAGGUAUACAAUUCAAUGCACUUAUUCCUUAUCAUAAAAUUACGUUUAUACCAUGUUAUUUUAUUUAAAGAUGUUA